AUGGCGGACGCCAACCCUGUCGUCUUCUUUGACAUUGCUCUAGGGGGCGAGUCGCUCGGUCGGAUCAAGAUAGAGCUUUUUGCCAACGUCACCCCGCGGACGGCAGAGAACUUUCGCCAAUUCUGCACCGGCGAGAGCAAGAACCCCCAGGGACGGCCUCAGGGCUACAAGGGGAGCAAGUUUCACCGUGUCAUCAAGGAUUUCAUGAUCCAAGGCGGCGAUUUUGUCAACGGAGAUGGAUCGGGAAGCUGUACCAUCUACGGAACCCCCAAGUUCGCCGAUGAGAACUUCUCGCUGAAGCAUGACCGGGCCGGGCUCUUGAGCAUGGCAAACUCGGGCCCGAACACCAACGGCUGCCAGUUCUUCAUCACCACCACCCAAACGUCAUUCCUGAACAAUAAACACGUGGUAUUUGGUCAGGUCAUUGACGGCAUGGAUGUUGUCCACAUGAUUGAGCGGACACGGACGACGAAAGACCGACCGAAUCAGGAUGUCACGAUUGUUCAGUGCGGGGAGAUGUAA